CACACAUAAUGUCAACCCUAGAAAGCCAACCAUCCAUGACCGCCACUGAAUUUGCAGCCUAUAUUGAUUCAGUUGUCGAAACAUUGCAAACCAAGAUGGAUGGUGUUUCUGGUCAGAUGAAUGAAAAGUUGGAAGACAUGAGCAAUCGCAUCGAUAGUCUUGAGCAGACCUUGUCAGACGUAGUCAAACAAAUGGAUGAACAAAAACCAAGACAAGACCCAGCUACUACCACUGCUGGUACUGAAGAUUCCUAGAGUUGAGCCUUAAUCAAAUAUCUAUAUGUGUGGGUGUAUUUCUGUAGGCGCAAAUAUUUUAUCUUAUUUUUCUUUAAGUUCUUCUUUCUUUUGGACUUUUUUGAUCCAUUACACUCCUUGAUCCAUACACUGCACACAAACCUGUACACAUAAACACAUACACAUAUACAUUGCUUAUAACACAUUGUUUUUUGUGUUUACAUUUUUACAAUUGGACACUUGGUCAUUAAUAAACAAGAUUAUUAUUUUUUC